AUGGCCUUGAAGCGGAAGCCAACCCUGGGCGAGAUUACGCCAUCCAAGCGGCCGCAUCAUGCUACUCUGGAUGUCGACGACCCAAUCUAUGAGGAAGUCCAUUCAGACGCCGAGUACUCAGCGUCAGGAACCCCGAGCCUCAUCAGCGAUGAUCUGAACGAGACACCAGCCACGCCGUUCUCUACCACCUCCACUCGCUAUCCCUCCGAACUGAAAACCCACCUCUGUCCAUUCGAAGGAUGCACCAAGGCAUUCAACCGCCCGGCGCGACUCCAGGAGCACAUGAGAUCGCACAACAAUGAGCGUCCAUUCCAAUGUACUUUCGAAGGCUGCGAUAAGACCUUUUUACGCGCUUCGCAUCUUACGCACCACAUAAAAAGCGCGCACACCGGUCUCCGCGACUACGUCUGUGACCGGCCUGGAUGCGAUAGAAGUUUCGUGACUGGCUCACGACUUCGCCGCCAUCUUGCAGCGCACGACGGCCAAGACAAGUACCGCUGUACCGAAUAUCCCCCGUGCAGAGAGACCUUUCGAAAGCAUUCCACCCUGCAAAAACACGUCGUGAGCGUUCAUUUGAACCAAAAGCCUUUUCCCUGUACCCAUUUGGAUUCGAAGACUGGUCACCGAUGCCAGAUGGCAUUCGAUACGGCUGGUCAUCUGCGGGCCCAUGAAAGCAGGGUACACUCUGAGAAGCGGUUCAGUUGCGCGGAAUGCGCUGCCCUUGAAGAGGUGCAGGCACCUAACGGUGGCGCUGAAGCUACAUCUGACUCCAGUGUAGCUUUCCCCACUUAUGCCCUCUUGCAGCGGCAUAUCCGGAAGGCUCACCCGCCGAAGUGCCCCAAUUGCCCAAUCGUUUGUUCGACGCCGCGAGAGCUUCGACGCCAUCUAGAGGUCGCCCACGGUGAUGUUAGUCUCGAGGAUAGGAAGGUCUUUCCCUGCACAGAGCAAGGUUGUGACCGCAGUUUUACCAAGAAGGGAAACCUCACUGUCCACAUCCGAACUGUUCAUCAGGGAGAGAAGCGUUUUGGCUGCGGCGAAACCGAUCUUUCUAGUUCUAAGAAAGUUGCCGGCUGGGACGGCAUUGGCUGUGGUAAGCGCUAUGGCAGCAAGCUCGCUCUGGAAGAGCAUAUCCGCACGGCGCACAUGGGACUCCAGAAUGCCAAGGCUGAACGGCGUCAACGACUUGGACAAAGCAACCAGAAAGCCCAGGCCUCUGGCAUCUCCACAUUGGCCGCUUUAACCGGACAUGGCUACGCCGAGGAAACAGGUCGGCGCAUUUCCUGUUUCGACGAGUCAUGCGAGCACCGCUUCCAUCGCGACUAUGAUCUCUGGGUACACAUGUCUGCCAAGCAUGGCUGCUCUGAAGAAGAGGUCCAAGGGCUCUUUAUGCAGCGUGCUCUCUUGGCGGACCAGAAUGGUCCCGAUGGAACCAUCUUUGGUAUUUACGGUCUUGGGCUCGGCACUACUAAUCCGCCUCUCCCCCCGAAUGCAAAUGCCAACCACGCACAACCUAAUGACCAGGCUGCCGAGUCCGGCCAGGCGGGUCUGGAUUUGGAUUACAUGAUGCAAGAUGCUCCUGCCGCAGAGGCAGGCCGAGAUGAUAAUUUGAUGAUACCCAGCCACGAUGAGAUGGCUAUGAUUGACCCUUUUCUGGGUUAUCACUUGAUGGAGCAGUGA